CUCCGCCGAGGUCCGGGAGCCCGGCGGGCGCGGAGCCGCAGGUCGGGGAGCGCGCCCGGAGCAUGAUUGUCGCAGUGCUGGUCGGCCUGCUGAAUGGUUGAAUGGCCUCCAUCAUCGGGCCACACGAGGGAAAUUGUCCACGGAGCUGAAAUACUGAUCACAGUCAUUUUCCGGCCUGCCCUAAUUGAGGUUGAAUGCGUUUGGGAACUUGAUGCAUAAAAUUUGCAUGACUCCUAACUUCUUUCUGGACCUGUCAUUGGAUUGCAGCCAGCAUGGCACACAUCACAAAGGUUAACGGCUGUGCCUCAGGAAAAGCAGAGGAUGUUCUCAACGGAGAUCAUGACAAGGAACAGAAAGAUCCUUAUUUUGUGGAGACCCCCUAUGGUUAUCAACUAGACUUGGAUUUCCUCAAGUACGUGGAUGACAUACAGAAAGGAAACACCAUCAAAAAACUGAACAUCCCGAAGAGGCGGAAGCCAUCUGUGCCAUGCCCGGAAAGCCGGGCCACGGCCAGUCAGCAAGGUGUGUGGACUUCUACUGAAUCCCUCUCAUCCUCCAACAGUGAUGACAACAAGCAGUGCCCCCACUUCCUCCUAGCCAGAAGCCAAGUGACGUCGACUCCAGUCCCAAGGCCGCCUGCCCCCCUGGAGACCUCACCCACUUUUCUCACCAUCCCAGAAAGUCGACAGCUGCCACCACCCUCCCCACAGCUCCCAAAGCACAACCUUCAUGUCACCAAGACACUGAUGGAGACCCGGAGAAGACUGGAACAGGAGAGAGUCACCAUGCAGGUGGCGCCGGGUGAGUUCCGAAGGCCCAGGCUGGCCAGUUUUGGAGGCAUGGGCUCUACGAGCUCGUUGUCCUCCUUUCUGGGUUCCGGAAACCACAAUCCUGCCAUGCACCAACUUCAGAAUGGAUACCAAGGCAACGGGGAUUAUGGGGGCUAUGUCCCAGCUACUGCCACCACCUCCUCCAUGGGGAGCUCCAUCCGCCACAGCCCCCUGAGCUCAGGGAUCUCCACUCCCGUGACCAACGUGAGCCCCAUGCACCUGCAGCACAUCCGCGAGCAGAUGGCCGUGGCCCUGAAACGCCUGAAGGAACUCGAGGAGCAGGUGCGCACCAUCCCCGUGCUCCAGGUGAAGAUCUCUGUCCUGCAAGAGGAGAAAAGACAGUUGGCCUCACAGCUGAAAAACCAGAGAGCCACAGCCCAGAACGACGCCUGUGGUGUGAGGAAGCGGUCCUACAGCGCCGGGAACGCGUCCCAGCUGGAACAGCUCUCCAGGGCCCGGCGCGGCGGCGGUGAACUGUACAUCGACUACGAGGAGGAGGAGAUGGAGAGCGUGGAGCAGAGCGCGCAGAGCAUCCGGGAGUUCCGGCAGCUGGCGGCCGACAUGCAGGCCCUGGAGCGGAAGAUCCAGGACAGCGGCUGCCAGCCCGCCCCCGAGGGCCGGUCCGUGGCUGUGGGCACCGACGACACCAUGGACAGCGUGGUCGUGUACCGCAGGGCCUCCGGGUCCCGGCGGGACGCCGCUGUGGGGACGGCCACCGAGAUGAGGAGUUGUGCCAUCAGCGUGACUGAAGCCAUGCUGGGAGUGACCACCGAGGCCGACAAAGAAAUAGAGCUACAGCAGCAGACCAUCGAAGCCUUGAAGGAAAAGAUCUACCGCCUGGAAGUUCAACUUAAGGAAACCACGCAUGACCGCGAGAUGACUAAACUGAAGCAAGAGCUGCAGGCCGCCGGAUCGAGGAAGAAGGUGGACAAGGCCGUGAUGGCCCAGCCGCUGGUUGGCGACAAGAUGGUGGAGGCCGUGGUGCCCACGAGGGACCAGAUGGCAGGCCAUCACCUGGACGUGGUGGACGCGUGUGUCGGGACCUCGGUGCAGACACACAGCGUGGGCAUCUCCUGCCAGCCCAGCCGGGAGAGUAGGCUCGCUGGGCCCGAGCUGCCCAUGAAUUGCUGGAUCGUUAAGGAACGUGUGGACGUCCGUGACCAGUGCACCAGCCGAUCCGUGGAGAUGUGUGACAAGAGCGUGGGCGUGGAAACCAGCGUCUGUGAGACAGGGAGCAACACAGAGGAGUCUGUGAAUGACCUCUCGCUCCUCAAGACCAACCUGAAUCUCAAAGAAGUGCGGUCCAUUGGUUGCGGAGACUGUUCUGUUGACGUGACGGUUUGUCCCCCCAAGGAGUGUACCUCCCGCAGCGUGAACACAGAGGCUAUAAGCCAGGUAGACGCUGCUGUCAUGGCAGUGCCUCAGACCGCAAGCCAGCACACCAGCACGGUCCUGGGACAGGUGAACCAGGCCACCAACACUGAGGUGGCCACCCUUGUGGAAUCUUGCACCAACACUUCCGUCAGCACUUUGGACAAGCAGACCAGCACCCAGAUGGUGGAGACGCGGACGGUGGCUAUAGGAGAAGGCCGGGUUAAGGAUGUCAACUCCUCCGCCAAGAUGCGGUCCGUUGGGGUUGGAACAGUGCUCUCUGGCAGUGCUGGGUUUGACAGGCCAUCGGCUGUGAAGACCAAAGAGUCGGGCGUGGGGCAGAUAAAUAUUAACGACAACUAUCUGGUUGGUCUCAAGAUGAGGACCAUAGCUUGUGGUCCUCCCCAGUUGACCUUGGGGUUGGCAGCCAGCAGGAGGAGCGUAGGUGUUGGGGAUGAACCUGUUGGCGAGUUCAUGGAGAGCCCCCAGCCCCAGGCUCCUCCUGGAAUGAUGACCGGCUUGGAUCACUACAUUGAGCGCGUCCAGAAGUUGCUGGCAGAGCAGCAGACGCUGCUGGCAGAGAACUACAGUGAGCUGGCAGAGGCCUUUGGGGAGCCGCACUCGCAGAUUGGCUCUCUGAACUCACAGCUCAUUAGCACCCUGUCCUCAAUCAACUCUGUCAUGAAGUCUGCGAGUACGGAGGAACUGAGGAACCCUGACUUCCCCAAAAUGAGUCUGGGUAAAGUCACAGGCAGUAGUUUGGAACACACCUGUAGGUGCGGAGGCCUUCCGGCAGGAGCUCCAUUCAGCAGUCAGGCGUCGCGGCACGAGCAGGCGGUGGGGCCCACGGAAGGGAGACCCCUGGACGGCCAGGACGCCUUCCCCCCUCAGGAGAGCGCGCUGUCCCCUGUGAACCUGACGGACGACCAGAUCGCCGCCAGCCUCUAUGUAUGUACAAAUAGUGAAAACACACUCAAGUCUAUCAUGAAGAAGAAGGAUGGCAACCGAGAUUCAAAUGGAGCGAAGAAGAAUCUCCAGUUUGUCGGCAUUAAUGGAGGGUAUGAGACAACUUCAAGUGAUGAUUCCAGCUCGGAUGAAAGCUCUUCCUCCGAGUCAGAUGACGAGUGUGAUGUCAUUGAGUUUCCUCCUGAGGAAGAGGAGGAGGAAGAGGAGGAGGAAGACACCCGGGGAGUGGCAGAAGGGCAGCAUGCAGUUAAUAUGGAAGGUUUCAAGUCCGCCGGGGCGGAAGAUGAGAUGCAGGUUCCAGAAUGUGAACCUGAGAAGGUGGAAAUCAGAGAGAGGUAUGAAUUAAGUGAAAAGAUGUUGUCUGCGUGCCACUUACUGAAAAAUAACAUAAAUGACCCCAAAGCUUUGACCAGCAAAGAUAUGCGCUUCUGUCUGAACACCCUGCAGCACGAGUGGUUCCGCGUGUCCAGCCAGAAGUCGGCCAGCCCGGCCAUGGUGGGCGACUACAUAGCCGCCUUUGAGGCCAUUUCCCCGGACGUGCUCCGCUACAUCAUCAACAUGGCCGAUGGCAACGGCAACACGGCCCUGCACUACAGCGUGUCCCACUCCAACUUCGAGAUCGUGAAGCUGCUCCUGGACGCCGACGUGUGUAACGUGGAUCACCAGAACAAGGCGGGGUACACCCCCAUCAUGUUGGCAGCCCUUGCUGCCGUGGAAGCACAGAAGGACAUGCAUGUUGUGGAGGAACUCUUCGGCUGUGGUGACGUGAACGCCAAAGCCAGCCAGGCAGGACAGACGGCCCUCAUGCUGGCCGUCAGUCACGGGCGGAUCGACAUGGUGAAGGGGCUGCUGGCCUGCGGGGCUGACGUCAACAUCCAGGACGAUGAGGGCUCCACUGCGCUCAUGUGCGCCAGCGAGCACGGCCACGUGGAGAUCGUCAAGCUGCUGCUGGCUCAGCCGGGCUGCAAUGGCCAUCUGGAGGACAAUGAUGGCAGCACCGCACUCUCCAUAGCCCUGGAGGCUGGACACAAGGACAUCGCGGUUCUUCUGUACGCCCACGUCAACUUCGCCAAGGCUCCAUCUCCGGGCACCCCAAGGCUUGGAAGGAAGACAUCUCCUGCUCCCACCCACCGAAGUUCCUUUGACUGAUGAUACACAAAUAACCGUCCAUUUACAUGCCACCAUUAAGCUGCUAAAUGUUCCUGUUGGGGUGACAGAUACUGAAUGUAUAUGUAUCGUGCCUGAGCUCACCAGCAAACAGAAUGGGAGGGCUGAGGCCUGGAGCUGCACAGCGGAGGCUGAGGCAGCAGGAGCUUGCCCCCGGCCCCCACCGCCUCCCUCCUGGCCAUCUUCCCUCUGCCUUGGGUGUGCUUACUGCCCCCCGCCCCCCGGCUCUGUUGCUGUGGAGUCUCUGCUCCGUUAUGUACAGUCGUAGGAUGUCGUAACCUGACCUGAGCGGGCACCGUCUCCUCCUUCCCUCCUCCCCUGGCCCCCGCCAGGAAGUGUCCACUUCUCACCGGCUCGGCGUUUUUAAAAUUUAAAAAUGUUCCACGAGUAUUUAUAUUUACUUGAUGUAAAUAUAAAUUUUCCAUUGGAAAGUUCUCUGAAAAGUCCAUUCCAGGAUGGUUUUGUUGACGUGUGUGUGUGUAUUUACUCUUCUAAAGUAAUUACUUGGCAGUGGAGGUGACCGAUCUUCAGCACCUGGGGCCUGGUCUGGGAGAUUUCUGGUUUAAAACUCAAAAAGCGGGACUCUCUAAAAAGCAGAAAACUUAUGAAAGGAAAUCUUUUCAGUGGGGUUGAUCUAGGUGGCUGUAUUACAUGACUUUUUAUAUGAAAGGUAUCUAUAUGAAAUGACAGCAGUAUUUUCGACUUUUAUAUUCCAUAGUCACUGAGACAUGAAGUACUACGUGUUACGUUACCGUGUUUUUUAUUAAUCAUCGCCCAAAUCCGUGUCUGAUGGCAAAGGUUGGAUGGUGUUAGAGGAACCGGCUCUGUAUUUGCCUCUGGGGAAACCUAGUGUAGUUCUCUGCGUAUUUAUGGAUUCCUUUCUACUAAGCCACAUUUACUUUGGUCUUACGUGUAUUUAAAUGUUUGAAGUGCCUUAGACUCUUGCCAUAUUUUCGAAAUAAAAUUUCAUUAAGCCCUUCCA